GUGACUCUCACGGCGGUAUCAUCAAACAUAACGCAGACCAGUACGACAGUACGAGUGCUAGAUCCACUGUUUUAAAAUCGGAAAAAUGCGUAAACCCCAGUCUCCACUUCAACGCGUGAUCAACACCAUCCAACCACGAACCCCAUAAUCCCUUACGAGAGUUUCACGCCUCGAUUGUACGCACCGACACUUUGGAAGUCAGCAACAAAGUGCUUCCAAGAUUCCAGUUCAUGUAGAGGAAAAUAAUGGCGUUCCGCACACUCAUUCCCAAAAAAGCUAACAACAAAAGAUCGUAGAUAAGACAGCUUGCGAGUUGCGAGUUGCGAGUUGCGUUUGUGUAUAAUAUAAAAAUAUAUAUAUGUGUAUGUAUGACAGUUCAUUUGGUUGUAUUUCUUUGUGUGUCUCUCUCAGUCAUUUUCACAAACACUUUGAGAUCUAUCUGAGGAAAUAUGCGAGUCUGUGACUUUAGGCUCACUUCAAAUUGCUCGCACGAAGGGUUCUCUCAGUAGAUUGUGUUGGAGGGAAAAUGGAAGGUGGCGAUGGGACGGUAAGGUUGGGGGCUGUGAACUUGAGGCCGGAUCGGGCUGGCCUCGAUUCGGGUCCGGAUGUCUCCGUUUCGUCUCCGGUGACGAGGCAGAAGGCCGCUGCGGCCAAACAGUUCAUAGAGAAUCAUUACAAGAAUUAUCUCCAGGGACUGCAAGAUCGCAAAGACAGACGUAGAACACUUCAAAGGAGAGCACAAGAAGCUCAGGUACCAAUUGAGGAGCAGGAGGAGAUGAUGAGGAAUUUGGAGCGAAGAGAAACUGAAUAUAUGAGGCUGCAAAGACGUAAAGUCGGAAUUGAUGACUUUGAGCAAUUAGCCAUAAUCGGUAAAGGUGCCUUUGGUGAGGUUAGGCUAUGUCGUGCUAAAGAUACAGGAGAUAUUUUUGCCAUGAAGAAAUUGAAGAAAUCAGAGAUGCUUAGCCGUGGACAGGUUGAGCAUGUUCGAUCUGAGAGGAACUUGCUUGCAGAGGUUGAUAGUCGGUGCAUUGUAAAACUCUUUUAUUCUUUCCAAGAUUCUGAUUUCUUGUACCUUAUCAUGGAGUAUCUACCUGGUGGGGACAUUAUGACAUUACUGAUGAGAGAAGAUAUUCUUUCCGAAGAUGUUGCACGUUUUUACAUAGCAGAGAGCGUUCUAGCUAUUUACUCAAUUCAUCAACACAAAUAUAUUCAUAGGGACAUAAAACCAGAUAACCUGAUACUGGAUAGAAAUGGCCAUUUGAAGCUUUCAGAUUUUGGCUUGUGCAAGCCUCUAGAUGAUAAGUAUUCAUCAAUAUUAUUGGAAGAUGAUGAUUUUACGACCCAGGAAUCCACUCCUGAAACUGAAGGACAUUCUGCUUACGAUAAAGCACCUUGGUUGAUGCCAAAGGAAAAAUUGCAACAAUGGAAACGUAAUCGCCGUGCAUUGGCCUAUUCAACUGUUGGAACUCUUGAUUAUAUGGCACCUGAAGUUUUGCUCAAGAAGGGUUAUGGAAUUGAGUGUGAUUGGUGGUCGCUGGGGGCAAUCAUGUAUGAGAUGCUUAUUGGCUAUCCUCCCUUCUGUUCUGAUGAUCCAAGGAUCACAUGCCGCAAGAUAAUCAAUUGGAAAACAUGCUUGAAAUUCCCUGAGGAACCAAAAAUAUCAAAGGAUGCUAAGGAUCUGAUAUGUCAUUUAUUAUGUGAUGUUGAAACAAGGUUGGGUACCCGAGGAGUGGAAGAAAUAAAGGCACAUCCAUGGUUCAAAUGCAUUCAGUGGGACAUGCUGUAUGAAAUGGAAGCUGCAUAUAAACCUACUGUGAAUGGAGACUUAGACACUCAGAAUUUUGAGAAGUUUCCUGAAGUAGAAGGUCCACCAUGCACAAUACCAACAGUGGGACCCUGGCGGAAGAUGCUGACAUCAAAAGAUACCAAUUUCAUAGGAUUUACUUUCAAGAAGUCGGAUGUCCUUAAAUCACUUGAAAGUUCAGGUACGGAUAUGAGAUCAAAUGGAUCUUCAAAGGCUCCAUCACUAAUUUCCUUAUUAGGUCGGAUUGACUUGCAAGAAACUGUGAUAUCAGAGGGGGAGCAGAAGCAGGAAAGUUGAGUUUAAACGUCUUUCCGUUCUCCUUCAACCAGAUUAGGUAUAAUUUACUUCAAAAACAAAGAAGCUAUUACACCAAAACCAGAAGCUAUUACACGAGUCUGGUUUUGUCGAGAAUUAUUGCCAUGUGAAAACAUGAAUAAGGUCUUGUCUCGGGCACAAUUCUUUGUUUCUCCCUCCUUAUAUUUUGUAAUGUAUAACAGUAUAAGUGCCACCAUAAAGCCAACAUCAGUUCAAAAUGUCCUGCUUGAUAGCCAAAAGGCCCAAAACCUAAAUUAUAAUUCUCUGUACAUCCAAUGUAAACAUCAGAUCAGCUCAUUCAAUUUUGUCUCUUGAAGGGGAUAUAUCUUUGUACUUUUGUAUUAUUUUUUGUUUUAUGAAUGAUUUGGACAGUCACAUUAAUAUCAA